AUGAUCCAACGCCGUCUCGAUGCCACGGAGCGGCAAGAGGUCGUCUCUGGUGCAGUGUUCGUCUGGGAGGAACGUUCUGCUGCCUCGACCUCCCAGACAUCCGUCGACGACGGGCAAAGCGCCCCCGAGCCAGGUGCUUCUCCCAAUGUCGUCUCGGGUAUCGAACGGUGGACAGACGGUCUCAAAUGGGGUCCUUCCCGCGUGCGCGACGACUUUUUGUUUUACCAGGAAAAGGAUCCAAAUGACAAAGAGUCUCUAAUCUCGCCGCCCCCUGUACUCGCCCACAGUAGUCAUGGCCCCUACCGUUCCCAAGCCGGGAAACACGGAGCAAAGCUUAUCAAACAGACGUACAGUGUCCAUUAUUACCCUCAAAUCCUCGAGGGCAAGCCACCGACGGAACCGGCACGCAAGUGGCAUUUGACUGCCUAUCACUCCGUCCAGACUGUCGAUAGAUUGGCCGACGUGAUGGCCAUCCCCGAGUUACACGACCUCUCCGCCCCUCCAGACGGUCUUUUCAAAAAGGCACGUGUAGGCAAAAAACCCGGCGGCGCCUCUUCUGUCCCUCCAGUCGCAUCUCCGUCGACUUCGCGAGCGCCCAUCGUGCGGACGGCCUCCGACAAUUGGCAAGACGGAGCAUCCUCCUCUUCCCAGGGCCCCUUUACGCCUUCGACAGAAGCUACCUAUGGAAUUCCGCAGUCUCGAACCGUACAUCACCCAACAGCUGCCACGCAGUCUCCAGGGCCCUUGCGCUAUGGUCCACACGCCUAUACCCACGCGCCACACCAUCAACACGCACGAUCCAUGUCGGUUGGUUACAAUGUAGAUACACUUCCCCACUACGCACAUCCCCAUCCUCCGCCCAGAUCAAAUUCGAUGAGCGAACAAUACCCUGCACAGUACCAUACCUAUGACUAUUCUCGUCCACCAGCCCAAUAUCCAAAUUACUAUCCAGGAGAACCAUACUAUGGCUACCACUCUCGUUCGCAAUCGUACAACGGGCCGCCACCGUUUCCCUAUCCUCCUCAUCCUCCGCCUGCCCAUCAUCCGCCUUAUUACCGUGAACCAGCCAUGACUCAGCCCGAUAGCCCCUCGGAGAUGCACAUGGCCCGUCGAAUGUCGUACCCGUUACCCCCUGCUCCCCAGACGUAUGACCAUCCAUUCGCGUACCAACCACCUCCCCUUACCCCAGCUCAAGCCGACGCACCGACGCAGCAAUUACCGACCCCGCCAGCCCAAAGUCCCGACCAUCGCUACGCUGUCCCAGCUUCUGCCCACUCUGCUCCGCCAAAUGCGUAUUAUGCGACCUAUGACUCUGCCUCGGGUUCGGUAGAUGCCUAUGGAUCGCCAAAUCCAGUCCGGAGUCCGCCUAGUGGUGUUGUACGCACGGGACGAAAACUGCGGAGAUCGGAUGAAGAAAGUCGAGGCUCCGUGGACGCGAGAAGUUCGCACUUUUCUCCCUAUGGCCGUCCCGUCAACCACCCUGGUCCUCGCCAGCAUCUAGCCCAAUCGAGUGGCCACUUUGAUCCGUUUCAUCCACCUCCUGUCGAACCAGGCCAACAAUCACGCCCAUCUUCCAUACCGGGCAACACAUAUCUUCCUCGUCCCGCGGGCACGCAACCUGUUGGACCGCAGUAUACGUAUGAGCACGACCCCUCGGGGCCAGGCCAAUGGUCGACAGAACCCACACCGGGUGCUGUACAAACCCAGAGCGCAUACCCUAUAUCAGAAGGAAGAACGCAAUUCCGGCAUUCGACAACCUCGGAAAACGAGACACCACCUCAGCCAACCACGGGUGGUCAUUUCCAACCACAACUCGAACCACUCGCCAAUCCAGACGGCUCGCCUCCGUUUACGCAUUUCCGUUCUUCCUCUGGAACCGAUAUCGCAAACGUCACCGGCGCGAGUCCAGAUGGCUCGACGUCGUCAACCGGACAACUUGCUAGCGCCCGUGUCCCACCACCAUCUAUACCGGCAAAACUAGAUAUGAACAUGACCGGUGGAAGCGUGACAAGUCAAACGAGUGCAACAAGCGUAACGGGCGCUGGUGUCAGUUCCAAAUUGGGACCACUUACACCGUCGACGCAUCAUCAACGUGACCCGCAUGACGAACGAGUGCUCGAGUUGCUCAGUCGUGUAGCCACUGGAACGACCACGCCGGUGGCUACGGCGUCUGGGCAGACUGGGGAAGGAGAGACUGUAGAAUCAAACGACUGA